CGUGGUAGAUGACAUCGUGCUGUAAACAUCGCGGGUCGCUGUGUCCUCAGGCUGUGAGGGUUUGGCAUUGCCAAGCGAGUUUAUUGGAGUUUAUUGAAAACCGCCCCCCGACGCUCAAGCGAGGGCAGCCAUGAGUAUCUUGAGUCGUUUUCGUGCUGCGGUGAAGCCCACGAUCGCGCUGCUUUCGAGACGAGAGGCGCAAAAGCAAGCUGUUCGGGGCUCUCACGAUCGAGUUAUGGAGAUAAGGCCCACCUCGUACCACUGGAAGCUGUUUUUCGACGACAUGCACUUCUACUUGUGCCUGACAGGUAUCCCGCUUUUCGUGGCGAUCACCAGCAUAAAUAUUUUCAUCGGACCAGCGACCCUCAGCGACAUCCCACCGGGCUACGAACCGGAAGAACACGAGUAUUACAGAUCGCCCAUAACUCGGUUCAUUGUCAAACACUUCAUCAACACACCGCAGAGUAUCUAUGAACAAAACAUGGCGUCACUCCAGAUGGGUCACGAAGAGGAGGUGAAGAAGGAAUGUUUCCGCAAGGUCAAGACGCUGUUGAGGAAACGCGGCGACUACAGGGAAUUCUACUUCGUUCCGGUCAACGCUGAGCUAAUGACCCGAGCCGCCUUCAGAGGAGACGAGAUGAGAGAGUCCAUGUCACAUCCCGAUAUUUAGAUGUCACGGCCAAUAUACGAUUGUAGGUACAGGGAACUUGAUAAAUAAACUUUGGCGUCAAGCUCGAUCAUAAG